UCUCUCCUGCUGCAGUUUCUUGUGUUGUUUUCUGGGUUUCUCUGUGAUUUCAUCAAAGGAGUCUGAAACACAGGUGUAAUCAAUCAUGGAUGAUAGUUGCGCCGUUUGCGCGGAGGGUCUGGAAUGGGUUGCUUACGGAUCUUGUGGUCACAGAGAGGUUUGCUCAACUUGCGUCCUUCGUCUUCGCUUCAUAUUCAGUGAUACUCGAUGUUGUAUCUGCAAAACCGAAUGCCCCGUCGUCUUCGUUACAAAGUAUUGUCUCCGUCUAGUGCAGGCUUUGGGUGAUUAUACAAAGUCGAUCAGUGAUUUCUCGACUAGUUUUCCAUCAGUACCCAAGGAAGGUGGAGUAGGAUCUUUUUGGUAUCAUGAAGAAACAAAAGUUUUCUUUGAUGACAUAAACCAGUACACAAAGAUUAAGGCAAUGUGCAGACUCUCUUGCACUUCGUGUGAGGAGACGAAGAAGAUCCAACCAAAGAAAGGACCUAACAAUCGUGUGCGGUUUAAGAGCGUUGAACAGUUGAAAGAUCAUUUAAACCAUCAGCACAAAUUGCAUAUGUGCAGUUUAUGUCUUGUAGGUCGUAAGGUCUUCAUUUGUGAGCAAAAGUUGUUUACUACGGCACAACUGAAUCAGCAUAUAAGUAGUGGUGACUCGGAAGUGGAUGGAAGUGAGAAUGAAAGAGGUGGUUUCACUGGUCAUCCUAUGUGCGAAUUCUGUAAGCGUCCAUUCUAUGGUGAUAAUGAGCUAUACACUCAUAUGUCCAGAGAGCACUACACUUGUCAUAUAUGCCAAAGGCUGAAGCCAGGACAAUAUGAAUAUUAUGGCAACUAUGACGAUUUGGAGGUUCAUUUUCGAACUGACCAUUUCCUAUGUGAAGACGAAACCUGCCUUGCUAAGAAGUUCAUAGUUUUCCAAAUCGAAGCUGAGUUGAAAAGGCAUAAUUCUAUUGAUCAUGGAGGUAGAAUGUCUCGGUCUCAACAAAGCGCAUCACUAGAGAUACACGCCAGUUUCCAAUACAAGAACAGUCGCCGUGGAAGGCGCCGAACGUCCCAUCGCGAGCCUAAUCAUGCAGCUCUGGAAUCUCAAGAAUCUUAUGCCAUUAACGACGGUAGUUCUCUUCUUCAACAUGUGGGGAGCUCUGGAGGUUCACGUCUUGAAGAAUAUUAUUUUCCUCCACUCUCUGUGCAAGCAAACCGAGGCCCAUCAAGGUUUGGACACAACUCAGAGAGCUUACAUAGUAACACCAUGACUACUCGUCUAAGACAUCAAACAAAUCGAAGUGCAACUUCUGGUUCUUCUCGAGCUUGGCCAGCGUUAAACCGAGGCCCAACACAAGCAUCGAUUGCAAGCAGUGUACAAUCUUAUGGUGCUUCUGCUCAAUCCCAUUCUAGGCACCAUGGCAGAGUUGAAAUUACUAGAACAUUUGCUUCUGCAACUCCACAUGAUGCUCGUAGUGAAGAUACCUCAGUUGUUGGAUGCUCAUCUGGUUCUUCGCUGAGUUCCGGCAAUGCAAAGAGGAAUAAUCAUCACUUGUCUUCAACACCCAAAAUGUCUGAUAUAAGAUCACUGGAGCAGCCUUGUCAUUCUAAUUCUCCAAUUUCUGCUGCGCCAAAUCGCAGGUCAUCAUCCACCAGUGCAAAUGCAGCGAACAUCCUAGUCGCACAAGGUGUUUCUGAUGUACAGUCUGACAAUAAAAGUUUGGUUGAAAAAGUACGUGCCAGCCUUGGACACGAUGAAGAGUUAUUCAUGGCAUUCAAGGGUACAUCAGGGAAGUAUCGUCAUGGUUCCAUUGAUGCAAGAACUUACUUGGAAUAUGUGAAUGGUUAUGGUUUGUCUCACUUAAUUUUAGAUCUUGCUAGGCUUUGCCCUGACCCUCAGAGGCAGAAGGAACUCAUUGAUACCCACAAUGCGUGCUUGGGAGGAGGAAAUAAAGGGAAAGCUGUGAAGGUUGAAAAUAGCAGUGAUUCCAAGGGGGAUAGGGUUGUGGAAGCCGUGAGGAAGUUACAAUUCUCUGAAAAAUCUCAGGAUGAAGACAAGGAUGCAUAUCGUUCAGAUAAAGGCAAAACAAAAGUGACGACUUUGGUGAAUUCUUCAUCUGCUGGGGUGGGAUUAGGUAACACAGACAACCAACAUAAGAAAACUUCGAAGUUUCUCAGAAAACGUCUAGACGAAAUAUCAAUGGCUGCAGUAGUAGAUCAUAGGAAUACGAACCCAGAGCCUGAACCAGAAUCUAAGAAGGAUAACUCCAAAAGGAGCCAGAACCUCCCGGUGGAUUGCCACUUCGCGGUGCUUGGCGAAGAGGAAGUGCAAAACUCUUCAUCUAGUAACACAAAUCCAUUGGCUUUUGCUUUCUCAGGAAGAUGGUGAACCUUUUGCGGGAAAUACAGGUUAGAAACGGAUGGUAGUUGGAAAGAAAGUUUUUGCACAUGUGAACCAAUUCAAAGGAUAUCAUAAACUUACAAGUGUUUGUGUGUUUUGAUGUAAUGCCAAGCUUAUAUAUCCUCAGGUAUUUAAAUUCGAUGUAUUGGAUCGGUUCAAGAAAGAUAAUCGCUAUAUAA